AUGUUCACUGAAUUGGACAAACCGUAUAAUAGAGAUGAAUUGAUUCAUGCCAUGAAGAACAUGAAGGGCAACACUGCACCUGGCCCAGAUGGGGUUCCAGCCAGUUUCUAUCAAAAUUACUGGGAGAUAAUUGGAGAGGAUAUUCUUAGUACUACUCUCAAUAUCCUCAAAGACAUGGAGGAUCCCCAAAGAUUUAACAGCACUUACAUAAGCCUCAUUUAA